AUGGAGCUCCAGUUCCAGAAGCCAACACAAGGGCAAUCCCAGCAGCAGCAAUGCCAUUACCAAGUGCCAACCGUGACAGUGGCCAAGAACAAAGCGAAAACCAAGUGCAGCAGCAGUAAGUUCGUGGGCGUCAGGCAGAGGCCCUCAGGGAGGUGGGUGGCAGAGAUCAAGGACACCACCCAGAAGAUACGGAUGUGGCUCGGCACGUUCGAGACCGCCGAGGAGGCUGCGCGGGCCUACGACGAGGCCGCAUGCCUCCUCCGGGGCUCAAACACGCGCACCAACUUCGCAACGCAGGCUGCACCAGACUCGCCGCUCGCGUCGAGGAUCCGCACCAUCCUCACCCACAAGAAGCUCAAGAAGAGCAUGCCCCAGCCUACCAUCACCUUCAGCACCGCAGUAUAUCACCAUGCUCGUAGCACUGUCCCUGCUGCUGCAACCAGCACAAGCACCAGUGGUGUCAGCCCCAGCAGAAGCAACAGCUCAAGCCUUAAUUUUGCUACAAACCUCUCUAAUUUUGCUAUGAGUGGAGGUGAAGAAUUGCAGCUGGCUUCUUCACAACAACAAUAUGAUCAGUCAUGGGCACUCAACACCAGCCUACUACCGAUUGGGGAUGGAUGCGACAUGUCAGGCAGCAAUGCUUGCCCAGUGGCCUCAGACCAGGAUAAGAUGAAGGCAGAGAAGCAAGGCUCCCAUGGUAUGAAUGGCAUCCAGGAGCAGGAAACCUUUGAUAUGGGUAAUGAUCUGUGCGACUCCUUGUGGGAUCUGCCCCCUAUUUGUCAACUGUCCUGCAAGUAUUAA